AUGUCUGGGUACUACGGUCCAUCCUUUAAUCACAAGUCCUCGAGACCUCCAUCCCUGGCAGCGUCAAGAGCGAACUCAUACUACGCAGCUCGGAGUGCUCCUGUCACGCCUCGAAAUGGCUCGAUCACCACACCACGCAAUGCUUCCAUCGCCGCCACUAUCGCCGGCACGACAGCGAACCAGACUGCUGCAAACACCGCGGCCAACACAGGUCCUUCAACACCCGCGUUGCUCUCGAGAGUGAACAGCAAACUAGAGAAUGGAGCCAACGGAAAGGAGGAAACUCCUUCAAUGAACUCGGAGAUACUGCGCAACGAGAAGGGUGAACUCAUGAUUGGAAGGAUUGCGGGCGGCAAGCAUCUCACUGAUGAUGUUGAAGACAUCGACCCAGCCUGCGGCGAGAUCAAGAGAGUCGACAUCGACAUGCCUCUUACGCUGACUGAGAUGGUCAACCAUGAAGGCAAGGAGUACAUUGUCCUUAGCUUUGCUACUGGCGACAAAGAAAAUCCGUUCAACUGGAAUCCUUGGUACAAGCGCAGUAUUACCACAUUGCUGAACUUGAUGACGCUUUUCAUCGGUCUCGCGACAACGGCAUACAGUUCAGGAAUCGGAAGGAUGUGUGAGGAAUUCGGCGUUGACGAAAUCUAUGGCCAGCUUGGAUUGUUUACUUUCAACAUCGCUUGUGCCAUCGCGCCCAUGGUGCUAGCUCCCUUCUGUGAGCUUGUCGGCCGCAAGAUCGUAUACGCCAGUGCUUUCCUUUGCUUCUCGCUCAUAUUCAUCGGUCUCGCGCUCGCAAAGAACAUCUCCACAAUCAUCGGCCUCCGUCUACUACUCGGUCUCUUCGGUUGUGUCGGCACCAUUCUCGUCGGUGGAACCUUCGACGACAUGUACGAGCCUCACAAGCGUGGUCGCCCGAUGGCCAUGUUCGCCUUCGUCGCCAUCUUCGGUACUGUCGCCGCCCCCAUCUACGCCGGCUUCAUCGACCAAUCGCUCGGCUGGCGAUGGGUUGAAGGUAUUCAGGGUCUCGCCAACAUUCCUCUCUUGAUUCUCAUCUUCGUCGCCUUCCCCGAAACUCGUGGCGGUGCUAAGCUACACAAGCGAGCCAAGCAGCUGCAAAAGGCGACUGGGGACGACCGCUAUGUCGCAGAAGAUGAUAUCUACACUCCCGACGUCAAGUCCAUGCUUAAGGCUUCAUCCGUGAAGGCUAUCCGCAUGCUUGUUACCGAACCCGUCGUAUUCGCCUUCGGUCUGUGGAUUGCCUUCUGCUGGGCAGUAGUCUUCCUGUUCCUUUCGGUCAUUCCUAUCACCUUCACCGAGAAGCGUGGUUGGUCUGAAGGUGUUAGCGGCCUCCCAUACAUCUCCCUCGCCGUCGGUACUUUCCUCGGAUGGGCCGCCCAUCACCUCCAGAUGCGCAAGUACAACCAGCUACAGGAAGACCCUAAUGUUCGCGUCGUUCCCGAACAUCGCCUCUACGGUGCCAUGUUUGGCGCUGUCUGGCUCCCUGUCGGUCUCUUCAUCUACUCUUUCACGCAAUACGGAUACCUGAUCUGGGUUGGUCCCGUCAUCGGUCUCGCACCCAUCGCAUUCGGUAUCUUCUUCGUAUUCGAGAGCACAUAUUCGUACACUGCCGACUGUUACGGCGAGACCUCAUCUUCGGCUAUCGCUGGUCAGGGACUGAUGAGGAACACCCUUGGUGCUGUUACGCCACUUUUUGCGAGCGCAUUCUUCCACAACGUGGGCAGUCAGUACGCAGGUCUCAUCCUUGCAAUGUUCGGAACAGUUCUGAGUUUGAUUCCAUUCGUCAUGUUCAAGUAUGGACAUAUGCUCCGCGCAAGGAGUAAGUUGGCGAAGGAAUACUAG